GGUAUCAUGAGCUCCAUGCAGUCAAACUCCUCUGCAAAUGUGACCUUUGUUCGUCCUGCAACUUUUUUCAUCAAUGGUUUUUUUAAUGUCCCACAUGCAAAAUACUACUAUGUGUUUUUGUCUUUAGUGUAUGUUGUGACUGUUUUAGGGAAUUCAUUUAUCAUGUGUAUCAUUUAUUUGGCCCACAGACUCCACACAGCCAAAUACAUUGCUGUUUUUCAUCUAGCGCUUUCUGAUUUGUGUGGAAGCUCAGCUUUGAUUCCCAAACUCAUAGACAUGUUUUUAUUCGAGCACCAGGACAUUUCAUAUGAAGCAUGUUUGGCAAAUAUGUUUUUUGUUUUUCAUUUCAUGAAUCUGCAGUCUUUGACACUACUCGCUUUGGCUUAUGACAGACUGGUUGCUAUUUGUUUUCCUCUUCAGUAUCAUGCCAUUGUAACCAAACAAGCCAUGUUUCUGAUCAUAGGGGUGAUGUGGAUUUUUUCUGUCACUUUUAUUGCUUCAAUGGUGAGUUUGAUCACAAGACUCUCUAUUUGUAGAUCUAACAUAGUCAAUAGUUAUUUUUGUGAUCAUGGCCCUAUUUAUAGACUAGCUUGUAAUGAUAAUAAUAUAAAUAUUAUCAUGGCAAACAUUUGUUUUGGUCUCCUCGUAUGUAUGCCACUGAUAUUGAUAAUCAUAUCAUAUUUCUGCAUUGCCUUAGUUUUGCUUAAGAUUGCUCAUGGAGUUGACAGGAUCAAAGCCAUGAAAACCUGCACCUCACAUUUCAUAUUGGUGGCAAUUUUUUAUGUGCCACUUUUAGGUAUUAAUAUUGCAGCUUUAGCAACAUUUAUCCAUCCAAACGCCCGGAUAAUUAACAAUUCCCUGACACAGACAAUACCACCUAUGCUGAAUCCCAUCAUAUACACUCUAAAGACAGAGGAGGUCAUGCAAUCCAUAAAAGAACUAUAUAAAUGCAACAAGGUGAACACUAUAAUACAGAGAAAAAGGUUAAAUGUAAAGGGGUAUUAA